AUGGAUUCUUUGAUCGCCAAAGAAGUGACCGAAAGGUCCGAAAGUAAGACAAUAAGUCCAUCGCUGGACACGGAAUGUAAGGCCGAAACAAAUAGCAUACCGGCUUUCUUCCGCUCAAAACAGACACUCACUGAAGACACACAUCUCUUACCAUUGAAGGCAACGAACAAAGAGUUGGAAAAGAGUGUGUUACUUACACGUUUACAAGAGUUGAGCACAGAGUGUAGAAGCCCAGCUAACUCUUGGCGAAGUACUCCUAAUGGCCAACAAUGGACUCAAUUAAAGGGCAACGAAGACGUUCUUAUCGGUGAAGAGGCCUUAUAUCUAAAGCCGGGCCAACCCUUCCAUACCCGAUGGCCUAUCAGAAGAGGUCUUCUAAAUGUGAGCAAUUGUUUGGGCGGUUCUCUAACCAGUAUUAUAUCAGACUUGGAAUCCAUUUGCGGCAAAGCUAUUGAAAAACACUUUGAAAUAUCACUUAAAGAGUUAAAUCAAUACAGAGUUGUUCUCAUUAUUCCCGACGUUUACAACAGAAGUCAUAUUAAAUAUAUGAUUGAAAUGUUGUUAAAUGGUCAUGUCUUCUCAUUCAUGAAGCACAAUGAAUGUCAAAAGUCGAUCGCAAAUGUUCUCAACUCGUGUCUCACAUCUUCGGGUCGAUUGAGAACCGCUUCCAAUACGGAUGUCAUCAAUAAUUUUAAUAAGAGAUCCAAACCUAUUGUUUUGUCCAAAAGUACUCCUAAUGGCCAACAAUGGACUCAAUUAAAGGGCAAUGAAGACGUUCUUAUCGGCGAAGAGGCAUUAUAUCUAAAGCCGGGCCAACCCUUCCAUAUCCGAUGGCCUAUCAGAAGAGGUGUUCUAAAUGUGAGCAAUUGUUUGGGCGGUUCUCUAACCAGUAUUAUAGCAGACUUGGAAUCCAUUUGCGGCAAAGCUAUUGAAAAACACUUUGAAAUAUCACUUAAAGAGUUAAAUCAAUACAGAGUUGUUCUCAUUAUUCCCGACGUUUACAACAGAAAUCAUAUUAAAUAUAUGAUUGAAAUGUUGUUAAAUGGGUUGGGAUUUCAGUCAUGUCUUCUCAUUCAUGAAGCCGUUUGCGCCACUUUCGGGGCCGGACUGUCCACUGCAUGUGUUGUAGACGUCGGACACGAGAAGACUAGCAUUUGUUGCAUCGAAGACGGGUUCGGCUCAAGAAAUACUCGCCUCACUCUUGAAUACGGCGGAAGUGAUAUAACACAAGUAUUUCACUAUUUAUUGAAACAAAAAACCUUUCCCUACGAGUGUAAGCCCGAGACAAGAGUCGGUGCGCUCUUCUUAGAAGGACUUAAACAAAAGUUGUGUCAUUUGAAUCUCGAUGUUUGCGGACAUCAAGAAACCCGCUUUAGAGUAACUGUUCCCGAAGAACCUGUUCUCGACUAUACUAUACUUGUAGGCGAUGAGUGUAUUAUAGGGCCUUUGGGCCUCUUUUAUCCAGAAUUGUUUGCAUUAACCAUGAAUUCAACCAAAAGAAUGCGAAUUCUUUACCGAAAUGAUGGUCACUCUGACGAUCCGUUUGAUGAAAACUAUUUGAUUCAAACGAAGAGAAAAUAUGGAGAAAGUAAUGACAAUUUGGGACAAACGAGUGAAUCGGCCGCUAUUGAGGCCACCAUUGAUGACGAGUUGGACGGCUGUGAUGUGAACCCAAAUGUGAAAGAAAUCAAUUCAGACCAACAGUUGUUAGGCUUGGAUCAGGCGAUUGUCCAAUGCAUAGAUCAGUGUGAGUCGGAUGAGGUUAAGCGACGUAUGUUUGGCUCAAUACUGCUGUGCGGCGGAGGACUCGCCUUCAAUGGAAUCGAUAAAUACCUUCGAAGCCGUGUCUCACAGCAAAUCCCGAAUCAAUUUCGGGGACAAACCGUGGAAAUACACGUCAAACCCAAAGACAUCGACUCACAGAUAGUGAGCUGGAAGGGGGCGGCGGUCUUGAGUUUACUGGACUCGGCUCAGGAGAUGUGGAUUACAUCCGACGAGUGGACCAAAUCAGGCAUUAAGUUGUUGCGAGAAAAGGCGUCGUUUGUCUUUUGAUUAGUAAUUUAUUCAUUUUAUACAUAAAAAUAGAUUUCAUU